ACGGAGCUAAGGUGAUUCUGAGACAUGAUCGCAAGGCUUAAGGCCCCAAGACAUCGCUAGCUUCUAUAGCGUCUAUCCUUGGGUAUCCUUGCCUAUGUUCGUACAUGCAGUACGUUUUCUCAUAAAAGUUGUGCUGGACAAACAUCCUAGCUGGAUCCCAGGAUUCAUUUCCCAGGAAUACAACAGAGAGGCGGACUUCGAUUGCUGCCUACCCUGCACUUGUUCGAAUCUCGAGGAAAAAUCACGAAUCAAGCGCUAUUCUCUGUGGAUAGUAUCUCCCAAAAUCAGAAAACUCUGAACGAGAAACUCCAAGCAUAGAAUCCCGCUGAGGUUCUGCAACCUCAGCGACCACGCAUAUGCCACCGUAAUUGCACUGUGUACAAACUAUCUAAGCCUGACUCGCUGAAUUGGAGGUACUUACAUCGACUAAACAAUUCGUCCCUGCCGUCGCAUCUGAGCUGGAAGUCUCUCUCAGGUGCAGUCGAGCUAAGAUUGAAGACAUCACUUUGAUACGUGCCCUCGCAUCGUAUCACUUUCUUACUUCAGGACUAUGGGUUGCGAUGGCAUACUAACACUGGACAGUGCGUGCCACAUAUCGUCGACAGGUGCUCUUCAGACAUGCAUUACGUCUGACAAUUAGUUCUACUUUGCAGGCACCUUCAGAUUGAUCUUUAAUCUACAGAGCAGGUUCGGUUACUUCGCCCACAAGAGGCUGGCCUCGGAUACUGUGGCCAUACAAGUUUUUGGAGCUUUUCACAAAGUUGUGGCAGAUCAUACCAAUGAAGCGUAUAAACGCGUAGAUGCCUUGUGACAUCAAACUUGAGAUACAGGUUAUAGAGAUGUUCUAUGUUCUGAAGAAGCACGGCGCAAGAUUGUAGAACAUACACCCAGCACCUGAGACACCCAAAGUACUGCUGCGUAAGCUGAAGAAACUGAAGGACAUACUUCACUCUGGUAGCUUUUCCUACUCUAAGGCUGUUGGCAUUUCGAGUAACAGAUGAGUAUGGCUGCUAAAAGACCGUAUCUGGCUGACAGUCCUUGGCAUAUCCUUCGGGGAUAUAAGCUGUGGAUGACUUUCUCUCGGAUGCACGGUAUUGUCAAAAAGUAUUAAAUACACGAGUGUGGUGUCACAUUUGAGCAAGUCGACUGAGAGUUCCAUUCGGAUGAUCAUAUGAUAAUCGAAGUCCUGCUGGCGACGGCUGUACAUGUUUGGAUGCCGGGAAUUCGUUUUCUGCCUCUAUGGAAUACCAAAGGUCUCGUGACUAUUUUUUUCAUUCAUGCGGGUCCUACAGAGUUUGUGUACUACUGGCUCCAUCGAUUUCUGCACACGGACUUUCUCUCCAAUAACUAUCAUCACCUCCAUUACCUGUCUGUGUACACAGAACCUGCCACUGCCGGAGUACAUUCUUGGAGGUUGUCCUCUAUGCUGGUAUCAGGGGUAUAGCCCUUUUGGACACCAUCUUCACAGGAGGUGCAUGCAAGCAUUAUCUACAUUUACUGGAUGACUUUCGAUAUCCUGAAGAAUAUGGCACACUGAAACUGCGACAUUGUUCCAGCUUGGGCUUACCGCACUCUUCCCUUUUUGAAAUAUACGAUGAUAACACCUUCGUACGUUUCUUACCCAUUCCUGCCCUUCCUCCAAACGAUGCUCAUGAUUUCAGUUCCUAUGCUCAUUAUUAAGGCGCCGCCACCACCUUUGUACACGGCUGGACUGAAGACUUCUCGAGCUCCACCCUCGUCACCCAGACCAGUCUCACCACCGUCACCACCACCUGCCCAGCCACAACAGCAACAGACUGGUCUGAAAUUCAAUUCUGCAGCUGCUCCAGCAGCACAACAGGGAACCAGCCUGAAGUUCACACCUUCUGCUCCAGUUGCUGCACCAAAGUCGAUUAUGAAGGUUACUUUCGCCGAUCCCGAACAGCAACCAGCAUCGACUGCCAAGUUAACUCCUGCUGCUCCUCAACCUGUUCCUCCAGCACAACAACAAACAGAUCUCAAUUAUUCCUCUAGAUCUCCACCUAAAUCACACUACACUCCUGCGGCUCAGAAUACCAACUCCACUUAUCAGCAGAGAUACCCUCAACCUGCAGCCGCAACAGCACCCCAAGUUCCAGGUUCUAAUUCUGCAUUUCAAGGUAUUCCGGGACAACAACAACAGUAGCAGCAGCAGCCUGCAUCUUCUCAACCGCAGUCUGGAGUGCACAAUUACAUGCCCGGAGGUGCACCGGGUUAUCCUCCAUCAGCUGCCGAUUACCUUGCAGCCAUGACUGCUGCUCAGAACAACAGCGCACAGCAAACAUUGGCCAUGCUCAGUGCAAUUCGGAUACAGAAGGAGCGAAGUAGCUUGGCUAUUAUGCAACAAAUUUUGCAAAGAAAUCGACAGCAAGGUGUGGAUUUCUCUGCAAUGCUAGGUAACACUGGAGUAGGAGGAGGAGGAGGAGGGGCUAUUGAUUUUGCUUCUCUACUGAACAAUGCCGGAAGUACUCCAGACUAUUCAGCUUUCCUUAAUGCUGCAGCAGCAGGAGGAGGGGCAAGCGGAAUAGAUUACUCCUCGAUUCUUGGAGGGGCAGCCGGUGGAGGAAAUGUGGACAUCGCUGCGUUUCUUGCCGCACAGAAUAAAUUGGGAGGCUUGGCUGGAGUCAUCGGCAACCUCGGGGGCCUGGGUCUUGGGUGAUACACUCGGAUGCAAUUGAGCCUUCCUUGCAACCUUCCCCUCUGUCAAUUCAAGCAGUCAGUCACUCAGUCUCAGCUAUAGAGUCGCAUCUGAUCGCUUCUCUGUUCGACACACCAUGGGGAUAUUUCAGGGCUCAGCAACACACUACACCUUUCCAGUUUCUGAAUGUUCGUUCAUGCUUCCAAGGCUCCUGAACACCGCUGAUCGAUUUGCUAGCUCGUUGUAAAUCAGCAGGAUGUCUUCCAGAAACUCAGUCAUGAUCGCAGUUUACAGGUCAACUUUCCUGGCAUCUUCAUGAUGACAUUUCACUCUGUCAGCGAGCUCGAACAGGCUUACGUAGGUGAAAAUUUCACAUACCCACAGCGCUUGCGAAGAAGGAUGCUAAAUCAGCCAGGGGGAUGUUUGCUCCAUAAUUCUGGGGUUAUAGAUUUUGUGAAAAAGGAUUCUAGCUAUUGUAUAUAGUGUUUGUGCAAUGAGCACAAAUUGUAGCCCAAGAGUUACUUGUUCAUGGCAAUAACGUUCAGUGACUGACUGGAAUCCAGAAGUCUGCGUUAUGUCGCUGCAUGCAAAGCUCGUGGUAUCUCACAGUCUCUUGACCUCGACAAGCGUUUCGCACUCUUAACCACACAUCUGAUCGAUUCCCCGUCCUUUUCUUCUCGUGUGAUUGGGAGAGCUUACUCUGAAGGGAACUUGACCUUGUAGCCACGUCCCCUGAAGGAACCUGGAGAUGGUGCUUGAAUAUUAUAGGUUCAAGGUCCAGCUUGUAGUUUGUAGGUUUAUUCCUGCCU